AAUACAUAUAAACGUCAACGAAAAAUGCAUCAUAAAAAUGCAUUGAAAUCAUUUUCGGGUCUAAAUUUUGUGUCUAGUCUAAAUGUUGUUUAAUGUCGUCCGUUGUGAACCUACAAGAAGCAUAUUAGAAAAAGAACAACGAAGAAACAGUCUAAUAAAAACUCUAGUACUACGGAGAAAAGUACUAGCAGCCUCAGCGAAUCCCACGGACAGCUGCGAAUUGGGAUCCUUAAAGUACUUCCUGUUCUGCGGCCUCGGCGGUGCAUUGGCAUGCGGCUUCACGCACCUCCUGGUAACCCCCUUGGACAUCGUAAAAUGCCGCAUCCAAGUCGAUCCCGGCAAAUACAAGAACCUCGUGCACGGGUUCAGAGUAACCUUCAAAGAGGAAGGAGCUAAGGGCUUCACCAGAGGCUGGGCGCCCACUCUAAUGGGCUACGCGGCCCAGGGUUCCUUCAAAUUCGGCUUAUACGAGGUGUUCAAAGUGCUCUGUCACCACGUGAUCGGGGACGAGAACGCGUACCUUUACAGGACUGCGAUGUAUUUAAUAUCAUCUGCGUCGGCCGAGUUCUUCGGGGACAUCGCCUUGUCUCCGAUGGAAGCUAUAAAAGUGAAGAUCCAGACUACUCCUGGAUACGCCAGGACUCUACGCGAAGCGGCGCCUAAAAUGUACAAAGAGGAAGGCUUCAUGGCUUUCUAUAAGUCUUUAGGGCCGCUGUGGAUGCGGCAAAUACCGUACACGACAGUGAAAUUCGUGAGUUUCGAGAGAACCUUAGAAUUGCUGUAUUUCUACGUGGUUCCGAAGCCGAGGGAGAAGUGCAGCAAAUUCGAGCAAUUGAUCGUAACGUUUUGUGCUGGGUAUAUUGCUGGUAUUCUUUGCGCUAUCGUUUCCCAUCCGGCGGAUACGCUGGUUAGUAAAUUGAACCAGAGAAAGGGGAGUACAGCCGGGGGGCUUUUAAAGGAGCUGGGGUUUAUGGGGUUGUGGGGCGGGAUCGUGCCUAGGAUUAUAAUGAUCGGUACCCUGACGGCUCUGCAAUGGUUCAUUUACGACGGGUUUAAGGUUUUCAUGAGAAUGCCCAGGCCUCCUCCUCCGGAAAUGCCGGCUUCUUUGAGAAAAAAAUUGGGAAAAUGAAAAUACUGUUAAUUUCCAAUAAAAUUGCUCAAUAAACA